AUGCUGGUCUCCUUGACUGUGGGUAAGGUCGAUGCCGGCGUUGCGGUGUUGUUGACACAAGACAACCGGCUGAUUGAAUUCCCCUCCGUUCUACUCCCCACGAAUAUCAGCUCCGGAAGCAUUGUCGACAUCGACGUCUCUAGAAAUCAUGCGGCAGAGUCGACGAGUGUAGCGAAUUUCCAGUCGCUUCAAAAGCGAAUACUCAACACAUACGGUCUCCAGACGCCUUCUGCCCCCAUCCUCCGCCUGCGCAAUGCCACCCAAACGUCCCUAGUCUUAGAAUGGGACCCUAUCAAUCUAGCGACAGCCUCCUUAAAAUCGCUCUCCCUUUAUCGCAAUGGCUCCAAAGCCGGCUCGAUACCUCGUCCUCUAGAGAUGCUCAGCACUAAAAUCAGCGGUCUCGCUAUACAUACCGAGUAUACUUUUCACCUUGUCUUGCGCACCUCUGCAGGAACAUAUCAAUCGGAAAAGUUGACAUGCCACACUCACAAGAUGACCGAUCUUUCCGGAAUUACGGUCACUCCCGGGUUUAUGCCACAACCACAGAAAGAAGCUCUGGCUCGUGCGGUGGAUCGAAUUGGCGGCAAGCUUAUUGACACGGUCCGUAUUGACACCACACACUUUGUUUGUACCGAGGGCCGUGGUCCCUCAUGGGAAAAAGCUGUUGAGAUGAACAUUCCUGUGGUGCGACCUGAAUGGGUAGAUGCAUGUGAAGCAGAGGGUACAAUUGUUGGUGUUCGAGGCUACUACCUUAAUGCGGACCCAAAACAUCGCCAACUUGGGCCACGGCAAGCAGCUCAACAGCAACAGCAACUCCAAGUCACCGAAUCAACAAUUCCGGAUACCGCAACCCCGGCGACAGGCAGUCAAUUGAACUUGCCCUCGAGGCCUGGACCAGAGCAAGUACCUGAAGCCCCGCCUACACCAUUCCCCGGCGGCCCUACAGCGAUCAGUGCCUCGGAAGGUCAAGAGGAAGAAAGUACAAACCAACCUUCACCACCACCUAAAGACGAUGAAAAAUCCUCUUCUAAGGAUCAUGAGGAAGAAGAUGAGGAGGAGGAGGAUGAGGAGGAAAAUGAGGUACCUGAAGAAUUGCCACAAAAGCCCUCCCCUGAAUCCAAAGAUGUUGAAAAGCCAAGUCAAGGUCAGAAAGAGGGGGAAGGGGAACUUGAAGAGGUCUCUCUAUAG